AAUUGUUGUACUGCAUCACUAACAGGUGCAUGACAGAAAAUAAAUCAUAGCUAAAGUACAGGUGGAGUUUUUCUGAUCUUUUAAUACGGAUACUCACCUAUGGAGCAAGGACAGGCUGAGUCUCCUCCCUCAUAUGAUUUUGUGGUGAAUCACAACACGCCUCCUCCUUCAUAUCCAAGUCUUCAGACAUCGUCAGCCACCCAAGACCACCCGUACUACAUAGCUCAGCCAGUACAUCAAACACCUGCUCCUUGUGUUGUACAGACAAUCCCAACACAGAGAAGUCAAAUUCCUUCAAACAAUACAAAUAUGAACAAAAGGUAUUGCUAUGGCGGGUCGGGUGGUACUGUUGUAAUAGUUGUUCUGGUUGUGAUUGCCGUCUGGCUGGGAGUGCGUUAUGGGCCAUCACUGUGGGCUCUCUCAGAGAAAGAAACAGAGACAGACACAUGCCCCCCUUUAUCAGUCAACUGUGAUGGGAAGAGAGACUGUUCUCAAGGCAGUGAUGAAUCUCGCUGUGUGAGGUUCGGUACAGCAAAUGAACUGCAGGUCAUGACCUCUAAGACCAAAAGCUUUCUUCCCGUCUGUGCACAGGGCUGGAAUAAAACUGUAGCAGACCAAACCUGCCAACAGCUUGGUUUCAGACAGAGUUAUAAAGAUGAUGUCUUGCAAACCAGCUCAUCCACCUUUCAAAGUUUGAACAGUCAGUUUACAAAUACCAUUCAAGGGAGUGUUAAUAUGAGUGCAUCCUGUCCUGGUCAGAAGACUGUGUCCCUGCAGUGCAGCAAGUGUGGACAGCCAUCAGUAUCGAGGAUCGUAGGGGGGAAAGUGGCUGCUGACGGACAGUGGCCGUGGCAGGCCAGUCUGCAUUUCCAAGGGGAUCACACAUGUGGAGGAACUCUAGUGGCUCCAGACUUCAUCAUUACUGCUGCUCACUGCUUCCCCAAAGGAACAUCCAGCUCUCAGUUGCCUAACUGGAAAGUGUAUAUUGGUUUGGUGUCCCAGCUCCAGCUUCCCAGCCCAUAUUAUGUAAAACAAAUCAUUUUACAUGAGAAUUAUGACUCAACGACAAAAAACAAUGAUAUUGCCUUGCUAAAACUCAGUAAACCUGCAAGUAAUAUACAGCCUGUCUGCCUGCCUGUGUUUGGCCAGAUGUUUCCUGCUGGGAAACAGUGCUGGACCACAGGUUUUGGACUUACCUUUGAAGGGGCAGAUAGUAUCUCCACUUAUUUGAUGGAGGUCGCAGUAGACCUGAUAGACUCAGCUGUGUGUAAAUCAAAUACUGUUUACGGCGGACGUAUCACUGAGCAAAUGCAGUGUGCAGGAGAUCUUAGGGGAGGGAAAGACUCCUGCCAGGGCGACAGUGGGGGUCCACUGGUGUGUAAAGUUGAUGACAAAUGGUAUCUCACAGGCGUAACAAGUUGGGGCGAUGGCUGUGGAAGGCGGAACCGUCCAGGGGUCUACAGUAAUGUUGGGCAACUUUUAAUGUGGAUAUAUGGCAAGAUGCAGCAACAGCGACCGUGACCUUCUACAACAAUGAAGAACAAAUCAUCAUGUUCUACUCUGCCGUGUAAACAUUUUUAUGUACCAAUAUAUAUAUAUAUAUAUAUAUAUAUAUAUAUAUAUAUAUAUAUAUAUAUAUAUAUAUAUAUAUAUAUAUAUAUAUAUAUAUAUAUAUAUAUAUUGUGACAGUACACAGUAACAUGCACGUUUGCAGUAAAUAAAUAUAUAUAUGUACCUGUGAAAAAAAUUAAUUCAUUAUUUAAUCAUGAAGAUCCGACAAGUCUUUAUUCCUUUUGUAAAUGUAUGUGUAAAGAUGUUACGUUCUUGAAUAAAAACAUGCAAUACAUUACUGUAUCUAUCUGGAACAAAAUACCAGAAAAUUAAAGCUGUACAAUUCUCUCUGAAAGCACUGUAUAUUGUGUAUUAUAUGUCCUGAGCAGGUCUACUAUUGAGGAGGAACUAAUGUUUCCUAGCAAUGCAUGUUACAUGUAAAGAUUUCCAAUAAUAUUUUGAACUGAAUAAAGUGGAGCAGCAUAUUG